CUCUCGUCUCACUCUUGAUUCUGAUGGCUGAGGUAAAUCUCUCCCAAGCUGAUCGGAACUUGUCUGUUUUCCAUUCAAAUACUAGCAUCUUCUACUGGCUGAGUCUACAGUCAGUCGACUCGGAAACAGUCCUUGAGAGAGAUCACUGCCCGUCAUGCUCCCUUCGACAGAUAUAGUCGAAUUUUACACUUCCCAGCGUUCGGUGACCUCGGCGGAGACCAAGGCCCAGGCUGCGGCAGCGUCCGCACCUCGCAAGCGAGAAGUAUUCCCUGCGUGGAGUGUGAUCGAGGAAGCGAAGAAGGAGGCUGUUAGGGAAUACAAUGUUGCCAGCCAGAAGGCUCAAGCCAAGACAGGCAAGAUCGAGCCAUGGACUACCAAGUACUACGCCGCGUGUACCUUUGGCGGCAUGCUUGCUUGUGGUCUGACUCAUACUGCAGUGACGCCGCUCGAUCUUAUCAAAUGCCGGCGCCAAGUUGAUCCAAAGCUCUAUCAAAGCAAUAUCCAGGCAUUCUCGAAGAUCCGGGGCGCGGAAGGUCUGCGCGGUGUCUUCACUGGCUGGAGUCCAACCUUCUUCGGAUACAGUGCUCAAGGGGCAUUCAAGUACGGUGGUUAUGAGUUCUUCAAGAAAUUCUACAGUGACCUCGUGGGUCCCGAGAAUGCGACCCGUUAUAAGACCGGUGUCUAUUUGACAGCCAGCGCGUCGGCCGAGUUCAUCGCCGAUGUGGCUCUGUGCCCCUUCGAGGCAGUCAAGGUCCGGAUGCAGACGACCAUCCCGCCAGACAUCAGAGGAACCUUCAGCGGUGUAUCCGACGUUCUGUCGAAAGAAGGCUGGUCCGGGCUGUACAAGGGUCUGUAUCCUCUCUGGGGCCGACAGAUCCCUUACACAAUGAUGAAGUUCGCCUCGUUCGAGACCAUCGUGGAGGCCAUUUAUAACUACCUGCCCGGCCACAAAUCCGAUUACAACAAGGGCGCGCAGACCGCGGUAGCCUUCAGCGGGGGUUACCUGGCCGGCAUCCUUUGCGCCGUGGUGUCUCACCCCGCGGAUGUCAUGGUGAGCAAGCUAAACGCGAACCGGAUGCCAGGCGAAGCCUUUGGUGCUGCCAUGAACCGAAUCUACGCAGACAUUGGCUUCCGCGGCCUGUGGAACGGUCUCCCAGUACGAAUUGUUAUGAUUGGAACUUUGACCGGUCUGCAAUGGAUGAUAUACGAUUCCUUCAAGAUCUUUAUGGGACUGCCGACGACUGGAGGACCGUCCAACGAGCAGAAAAAGUAGAGCAAUCGUAAUUUUUGUAGUCGACGCCAGUAAAACUGUCAUUGAAUUUGAGACUUUAAUGAAUCUCCUCUCUAUCCACUUUUCUCCGUUCUCCCCACAAGUUAUCCAAGAGAUGUACCUUUCUAUUUCCAACCUUCAGCCCAUUGAAUACUACUACCCUCUGCCA